CUCACUGAACAGAUAUAAAUGUCGGUCAUGCAGCUCAGUUCUUUGCCUGAAACUACAUUCUCCAACAUGGCGACUAAAUCUACCUCGGCAGACACGCUUUCCAAACUUAUUUCCAGUAGUGCCAAGUCGGAUUUCUCCAGUCCGAAAUCCAAGGUUCGCGAAUCUUCAAACAGAGCGAUUUCGUUCUCUGUGGAGUCCUUGUUGGCCGACGACAGAGAAAGCGACCCGGAUCGUUCUCCCGUUUCGAGCCCUGAACACGUUCCCACUCCGACGUCAGCUGUGGGCCCUAUGUUGCCCCAGCCCGUCUCUUCUCCGAAGGUCGGCUUAACCUUGGCGAGGGGUUUUACAGUAGACGGCUUGCUUGACAUUGACAAGACGAAAGUCACCAGCGUCGUUCCAGGAUUCCGGACAGUGCCAUCGAAUGGUGUGCCAAAACCAGUCAACUUUGUCCCCGAUGUUCCCGUUUCUCACCCAGUGGCCUGGGGAUCUCCACUGUCGGCCUUCCCGUGGAUACAUACGUCACGAACUUUGUCACCCUGCACAAAGUCCGGAGAACCUCCUAAGCUACCAACUGUUAAAUGCCAGCUACGAAAGCAUAAGAGUAACCGUAAGCCUAGGACUCCGUUCACCACCCAGCAACUCUUGGCCCUGGAGAGAAAAUUUCGGACUAAACAGUACCUGUCUAUCGCUGAACGCGCAGAGUUCUCGAGCUCCUUGAAUCUUACGGAAACUCAAGUGAAGAUCUGGUUCCAGAACAGGAGAGCCAAAGAAAAGAGACUUAAGGAAGCUGAGCUGGAGAAGCUCCGGAUGUCUGCUAGACCUCUCCUACCCAACUUCGGUUUCGGGCUGCCGGUGUCCGCAGCGACAUUCCUUCCCGGAGUUCCGCCUCCAGCACAUCUAAGUUCCGUCGCCGCCGAUGGUAGUCGACCGAUCUUGGGACCAAUCAUGGCUCCUUAUCCAAUGUAUUCUUUUACUCCUACCUCCUCGGCACAGUUAGCUAUGUGCCCACACUGAACGAAGGAGGCUAGACACUGUGCUCAUGCACAACAAGAGAAAAUCAAGAGGAGA